GGGACUAGUAGAAGGAUGACAUCCACUGUAAGUACCAGCUUCACCUUGAUUCCCAACCAGAAAUACAGGCGCAGUAGCCGUCGCUCCAAACCAUUCUGCAACACCGUGGACACAGAUUCCGAGUCAUUGUCAACUCUCGGGAAUUUCAAAGCACUGCCAUUAGAGAUCUUUCAGAUGGUCUUGAAAUAUCUCUCAGUGAAGGAUAUCAGCAUGCUAAGCAUGGUGUCGAAAGCCGUCAGCAACCGCCUUAUUAAUUACAUCUCAACCUCAUCAGGAAACAGAAGGCUUUUACUGCAAGAUUUUCAUAACCUUGAGAUAUCUGGCAAGAGAGAAGGAUCCUGUGUAUUAGAACACUACAGAUCUCUAGGUUUGUUGCUUAAAAGAUGUACACUACUGCUGCCCACAAAAGACAGGCUAAAGUACAUACACAAGAUACUCUCAGAAGUUUCCUGUUUUAAACUCAGUGGUUGCCCAAGCCCGUUGCAUUGCUUGGGAUUACAAUGCUAUGGAGUGUUUUUACAGACCCUGACUGCAGGCUGGGAUGAGCUAGAAUGCCAUCGUGUUUUUAACUUCCUCUGUGAGCUGAGCAAUCUACCCCGCAAAGUACAGACAGUUGUCAGCAGCAAACCAGGAAGUGCCCGAAAGCUGGAAUUACGGAUAAGGUUAUUCUGUCGCAGUGUCCUGCUAAAUCACUGGAUUCAUCGAAGUGAUUCUGCAUUUUGGCUGACUCGUAUCUUAAAACCGUGGCCAAUGGUUAAUCAAGCCCGGCUGUUGUACAUCAUUUUUGGGCCAGUCUCCUCUCUAAAUGGACAUGUGGUUUGGCAGAAAAUGAUAGAAGGACCAACAGAUGAGACCAGUUUAAAGGGUCUAGCUGAUGCUAUUAAACUACUAUAUGACGCAGAAGCUAAAGAGUGGACAGCAGAUGAUGUUAUCAGUCUUGUGGAUGAAUUGUCAGUGGUUCCCCGGGAGUGGCUCAUGGAGAAUAAUGCUCGUCUCCUCAUCCUGAGUGGGAACAACAUCUGCUUCACCUUCAUGGCUAGUAAAGCUGUGAAUGGGCGGGCUGUUGAGCUGGCCAGGCUAGUGGUCUUUCUGGCUUUGGUCUGUGAGAAGGACUUGUACUGCAUGGAUUGGGCAGUAAAAAUGAUGCAGAAAGUCUGCAAGGUUUUCAGCACUCCAGGCGAAAGGAAUAACUUCCUGCAGAGUGUGGAGAAUGCAUUUGCUCACAUGAUCAUGGACAUGCUACAAUCAGUAAUGUCUGGAGAUCGUGAUGAAGAAGACAGCAGCUUUUUGAAUUUGUUCCACCUCGUGAAUGCACAAGCUAACUUCCAUAAGGAAAUUCUGUAUCUGACCAUGAGAAGCACCUCUACCUAAAUACUUCGAAUCUCAGGCUUUUAGAGAAUACUACAGUGAUUCAGAUAGGUGGCCUUUUUCUCCAUUUAUUUUCUCACACAUAAAAAACAGUGUCCACCUACCUUUUAAAUUCACUCUCCAGCAGCUGCUUGCAAAGUUUUAGCAGCUACAAAAAUAGAAAAUAUAAUAACCAGUUAAAUCUGGAGGUAUAACCUUUGCAGAAGCAGCAGGAGGCUGACUGGAGAUGCUAGUGAAAUGCAAAGCAGAAGAAUUACUUAAAUCUAUGAAGAGAUAUUGAGGCAUCUCUAAGAAACUACAGCACAGUCUUUGCCAUAAACUUGUCUAAGCCUGGAUGUCAGGAUGUGCUGAGGAGCCUAACUGUGGCAUUCCAUGGUUUGGCUGUUAUGGGCGGGAAUACACACUGCAUUCUUCUCCCACUGUGUAUGUCUGGAUACAAAAUAAAAAUGACAUGGUGUUAAUAUUUGAUGUACAUCCACAAAUUAAAGAAUGUUAUCUUAGUUCAGAACAGAAAAUAUUUUGCUCUUGUAAUGUUGUUUUCUCUUUGGAAUCCAUUAAGACAAAACCAAUGUAAUGAGAAAGGCAUGGCCAGGUUUCUCCAGUUCAGCUCACACCUGGGUGUCUAUAAUUCACUCUUACAUUCUUAGCUUCAGAACUAGAUAUCCUGCAUGGAUUGUGCAUUAAGUUUCAACACAGAAGGAGACAGUCUCUGAAAAGCGUCCUAGUUUUUUAAGGAAGGCAAAAAUUUAGUUUUUUUACAGCACAUGCCUUUCAGCCAUAAAGCAGAAGAAACUUCAAAAUGUACCUUUGUG